AUGAAGCAAUAUAAACUCUUGAAACAAGGCAGCUCGAGUGGCUACAGUUUCGAGCCGGAAAAAGGCAAUGCAGAUUCAUACACCGUGGACGUCAACCAACGCCCAAUCGGCGAAAACCCUUUUAUAUUCCUAUCCCAGGACUCAAGAACCCAACCAGACCACAAAGACAUAGUGCUCGCCGCGGGCCGACUUGCAACGUCCUCUGCUUUUAAAAUAUACCUCGGAGACCCUAAGUGCUACUACGAGGACUAUGAUAAGUCACUCCCGUGGGAGAAGAUGAAUAUUGAGCGUCCAGAGUCAACAUGGUCUCUUGAUUUCUCUGACUCAGAUAUUAGGAGGGAUUUCAUAUGGAAGAAGACGAGACGGAUUGCUGUGGACGGGGUAGAGAAGCCUUCUCGCCUUUUGGCUCAGAAUUGGAAGCUCACUUGUGCGAAUGACCCCGACGACGUGCUGGCUAUUUUCACAGGCGACCUUGGUUUGUCGCAAGGAGGCACCCUACAGAUCAAUAUAGACUGGGGCGUCCAGUUUGAACAUAUGGUGCUUAUCACCCUGGUGUGCCAGUUUUCGAAACACAAGCAGCCAGCCAGCCAGGGUAGCGGUUCGUCUAUUGCUGCUCCUCCAGGGGGGUUGUAA